ACUCUUUUUUAAGUUGCAGCAUCAGGGGCAGAAAUCUGGCGACCGCGAAUUUUCCCAUCUCCAUCACUCAAAAAGAGAGAAUCCCCUUUAUUGCUCUCUGUCGCUCUCGCUCUCGCUCUCGCUCAAACCCUAGCUAGCGAUGGCGGCGACAGCAGCGACGGCGACGUCGAUGAUCGGAGCGACGAAGGAUCCGAAGGUCCAGAUUCUCGGGUACGGAUUCCGAGGGCUGAGAUCGGCCGGAUCGAUCCCGAUCGGGAGAUCGGCUAGGGUUUCGCCGGUGCCCUCAUCGUCCUCGAGCGUCAUCACCGCUGUUGCCACCCCUGAGGCAAAGAGAAGCAAGGUUGAAUUGAUUAAAGAGAAAAGCAACUUUCUUAGAUAUCCAUUGAAUGAGGAAUUGGUAUCAGAGGCACCAAAUAUAAACGAAAAUGCCACCCAGCUGAUAAAGUUUCAUGGUAGUUAUCAGCAGUACAACAGAGAGGAACGUCAUACUAGAUCCUACUCUUUUAUGCUGCGAACAAAGAAUCCAUGUGGAAAGGUUCCAAACAAGCUCUACUUGGCUAUGGAUGAUCUUGCUGAUGAGUUUGGCAUUGGCACUCUCCGAUUAACCACCAGACAAACAUUUCAGCUACAUGGUGUCCUGAAAAAGAACCUUAAAACCGUAAUGAGUACUAUUAUUCGAAACAUGGGUUCAACUCUUGGUGCAUGUGGUGAUCUAAACAGGAAUGUUCUUGCCCCUGCUGCACCAUAUACCAAGAAAGAGUAUGUUUUUGCUCAGGAAACUGCAGAAAAUAUUGCUUCCCUUCUUACACCUCAAUCUGGUGCUUAUUAUGACUUGUGGGUAGAUGGUGAGAAAAUCAUGUCAGCAGAGCCGCCUGAAGUAGUGGAGGCUCGUAAUGACAAUUCACAUGGUACAAACUUUCCUGAUUCCCCAGAGCCAAUUUAUGGCACUCAGUAUCUACCUCGGAAGUUCAAAAUUGCAGUUACAGUUCCCACAGACAACUCUGUUGAUAUUUUGACUAAUGACAUCGGUGUUGUUGUAGUUUCUGAUAGUGACGGAGAGCCUCAGGGUUUUAACAUUUAUGUGGGUGGUGGAAUGGGAAGAACACACAGGGUAAACACCACCUUCCCUCGUUUGGGUGAGCCACUGGGUUAUGUACCAAAAGAAGACAUAUUGUAUGCUAUUAAAGCAAUUGUUGUCACACAAAGAGACAAUGGGAGAAGGGAUGAUCGGCGAUAUAGUCGAAUGAAGUACUUGAUCAGUGAAUGGGGAAUUGAUAAGUUCCGCAGUGUUGUUGAGCAGUAUUAUGGGAAGAAGUUUGAGGCCUUCCGUGAGUUACCUGAAUGGGAAUUUAAGAGCUAUCUCGGUUGGCAUGAACAGGAGAAUGAUACACUUUUUUGUGGGGUACAUGUUGAUAAUGGUCGUAUUGGAGGCACAAAGAAGAAAACAUUGAGGGAAAUAAUUGAGAAGUAUAACCUGAGUGUGCGCAUUACGCCAAACCAGAACCUUAUCUUGUGUGACAUUCAUCAAUCCUUGAGAGAACCGAUCACCACAGCUCUUGAUCAAGCAGGUCUUCUGCAACCUAGCUAUGUUGAUCCUCUCAAUCUUACGGCAAUGGCCUGUCCUGCUUUUCCCCUCUGUCCAUUAGCGAUUACAGAAGCAGAGAGAGGGAUACCUCAUAUGCUCAAGAGGGUUCGAGCUGUUUUUGAUAAGAUAGGGAUUAAAGACAGUGAAUCUGUGGUGAUUAGGGUGACUGGUUGCCCUAAUGGCUGCGCCAGACCGUACAUGGCUGAACUGGGAUUUGUUGGGGAUGGCCCAAAUAGCUACCAGAUUUGGCUUGGGGGAACACCUAACCAGACUACAUUGGCAGAGUGCUUUAUGAAUAAGGUGAAGAUCCAAGCUCUCGAAAAGGUUCUGGAGCCAUUAUUCUACAAUUGGAAAGUAGAACGCCAGCAGGGUGAAUCAUUUGGACAGUUCACAAACCGAAUCGGUUUCGACAAGCUGAAGGAGGUGGUAGAUAAGUGGGAUGUCCAGGUAGAGACACCAUCACCUGUAUGAAGUUGAAUUAGUGAGUUGUCUCAGUUUUUUGGCGCACAGCAGAAAGAUUCUGUUUGUUUGUGUCUUGAUCUAUUUGUGAGUGCAAGUUUUACGGAGAAUGUAUGAAACAGUACGUGCUGAGUAUCGACCUAUUUAAACAUUUACCCUGAGUAGUAAGUUUACUUGUAUCAUCUAGUGUAAUAUUGUUAUCCUCCUAUCAAAUAAAGAACGAAGAUAUUUGAUAAGUUGAGGGUUCUGCCU